AUGAAGACAAUGAUAAGAAUUGAUAAGAGUAGUAUUUUGAAAAUGACUGCAAUGAUGGCUGAUCGACAAGUUACCAAGGUUGAUUCUAUAAAAGUACAUAGUGAGAACAAUCUUUUUGGGUACGAUAGUUACACGUACUUAAAUUGGGAUGAUUUUGAAGCAGUUCUUAUAAUGGGUGAGCUGAUCGGUGAUGUCAUUGUCUUAUAUGAUUAUGGCCCGCCAGAAAGAGAUCAUGGAAUUUGCUUUGUGAACCCGGUUGUAAUCUCUCCAAGUACGUGUAAAGGGAAAUAUAAGAAUAUUGAUGAUGCAAGCAGAGGUGUAGCAGAUUGGUUGUCUACUAGAAAGGGCAAUGACAUCAUCUUUAUGCCCUACAAUCCCGAAAGACAUUGGGUAUUGGGUGUACUAGACAUGAAAUCGGACACUUGCUAUUAUCUUGAUUCCUUGAUUUCUGGCAAUUUCAAUAUGCAAUUGAAGCAAAUUUUUGAUUCGGAAAUGGUUUUGUACGCUACACAAAGUGGAUCCAACAAAAGGGUUAAACUAAAUUGGGUUAAUUAUCCAGUUCAGCCCGGAUCUAUCGAAUGUGGCUACUACAUGUUAAGGUUCAUGAAGGAGAUAGUUGAGGAAGGAGUUGGAGUGUUGGUCAAAGACAAUGUCGGGGGGUGGCAAAGUUGA